AUGCCUCGAUUAAAUGGUUUGGCCGAAAUCAGAGUUAGCUUCACUAAGAAGGAAGGGCUGGCUUUGUCACCAAGAACGUUACCUCCUAGUUUGCUUACGGACGGCGAGAAGGUGGCCUUGAUCGUUUCCACUCUUCUCAUCAUUCUACUGGCACUUGUCUUCUGCCAAUUAACUCGUCAGCGGCACCGAGUUCUCUCCAAGUUGAUGCUUACCGGCUCAUCUCAUCCAGAAACAGAGCUGAUGCUGUAA